CCAAACCCAACCACCAAAUCAAACACCCAACAACCAAACCAAACCAAAUACAACCAAACCAAAAGUUUGUGAAUUGAAAAGCGGAAAAAGAAGAAGAUCAGAGAGUGUAGUUGCAAUAUGGAGUUGCUAAGUGAGUGCAAGGCAAGUGAGAUAUUUGAAGGACAAGUUGUUGUCUACAAACACCUUUAUGCAUACCUAGAUUCCAUGUGUCUCAAAUGGUGUCUAGACCUCAACAUGCCUGACAUAAUCCACAACCAUGGCCAACCCAUUACCCUUCAUCACUUGGCCUCAACAUUGCAAGUUCCGCCGUCCAAAAUCGACGGCGUUCGCCGCUUCAUGCGCCACCUUGCUCACAAUGGAUUCUUCCACAUAACAAGACUACUCCAUGAUGAUAAUGAAGAAAAGGAAGCAUAUGCUCUCACUAUUGCUUCAAAGCUUCUUGUCAAAGGAACUCAACAUUCUUUAGCUCCAAUGUCUAAGUGUGUUCUUGAUCCCACUUUGUCAGGUACUUACCAUUUCCUUGGGAAAUGGACUCUUGAAGAAAAUCUUAGUUUAUCUGAAAUUUCCCUUGGAACAAAUCUUUGGGACUUUUUUAGCAAAAACCCUUCAUAUUUGAGUUUCUUCAAUGAGUCAAUGGCUAGUGACUCUCAAAUGGUGAAGUUGGCAUUGAAAGAUCAUAGUGCUGUCUUUGAAGGGUUGGAAUCCAUUGUAGAUGUUGGUGGUGGAAAUGGAACCGUAUCUAAGAUUAUCAAUGACAUGUUUCCCAAAUUGAAUUGCAUAGUGUUUGACCUUCCACAUGUUGUGGAGAAUUUUACAGGAAGCAACAAUUUGAGCUUUGUUGGUGGAGACAUGUUUCUUUCUAUUCCUCAUGCUCAUGCUAUUCUACUUAAGUGGAUUUUACAUGAUUGGGAUGAUGAACAUUGUGUAAAAAUAUUAAAAAAAUGUAAAGAUGCAAUUUUAAAUGAUGUUAAAGGAGGAAAAGUAAUUAUCAUAGAUACUGUGAUAAAUGAAAACCAUGAAGAGCAUGAACUUACUCAAUUGAAGCUAAGGAUGGAUAUUAUGAUGACACAUGUGAAUGGAAAGGAGAGAAGCCAAGAAGAAUUGAAGAAACUAUUUUUGAAAGCAGGUUUUCAAAAUUAUAAAAUAUCCCCUUUAACUGGAAUAUAUUCUCUUAUUGAGGUCUAUCCUUAAGAAUUGUUAUUGGUUGUUACAAUCUGUUAAAUAACUAAUUUGCUCUCUAAGCAGCAAAUUAAUUUCAAUGCAAAUUUCUUUAUUAUUCAGUUUAAAA